AUGCGCAGUUCAAUCGCCCUCGGCGCCCGUCUGGCCCGUCUCCCAGCCCAGAUUCCCCGGCGCGCCUUUGCGACCUCGGCGCGGUGUCCCGCGGCCGCCAACGGCAACAGCAACGGCGCGGCGCUGAACCCGCGAUGGCUCUCCGAGCUGCAGGCCCGCAUCAAGAAGUGCGGCAGCCUCGGGCUCCAGGGCCAGCAGAGGGAGGAGCUGAAAGCGCUGCAGGAGGCCGUCGACGGGCAGUGGCUCGAGCUGCUGGCCGGGCGGGAGGGCUUCCUCACGGGCCCCGGGUGGAGGGGAUUAGAUAGGCAUACCGUGACCUGGGGAGACCAGGAUGCAAUGGAGAGGCCACUAACACGACGCGCAGGGUACGAUUCACACCUGAACUCGGGCGAGUGCAGACAGCAGCUCACACGCGCAGGUCACGUAAACAACGUCGUCUACAACAAGUACGCCGAGUCGGCGCGGUUCAACUGGCUGCGCAACUUCGCCACCACCAUCGACCCGACACACAGGGACGCGUGGGAGGCCUUCAUGUCGCCGCGUGACGUCGGGCUCAUCAUGAGGAGCAUGAAAACGGACUACAAGUUUCCGAUGGCCUACCCGGACCACGUCACGGUCCUGCACAAGAUCGUGUCGGAGCCGACGUACGAGUCCGACUACAUCCUGCUCGAGGCCCUCCUCGUGUCCGACGUGCACCGUCGCCCCGCGGCGCGCUGCUUCGAGGACAUCGUCGUGUACGACUACAAGGCGGCCAGGAGGACGCCGCUGAAGCCCUUCAUGGUCGACCGGCUCCGCGAGACGUACGAGGCGCAGGAGCGGAGCAGGGUCGAGGUCGAGGGCAAGGUGCAGGGGCUUCUCGAGGCCGUCGAGAAGCUGGAGAAGGCGGCGUAA